AUGGAUGGAAGUUGGGCCAAUCUUGCUGAUGGAGUUAAGGUCAAUGCUAUCAAUGCCUCCUUACAAAAUGGUGCAGAGGCAGACCGACCGAGAUCGCCGCUGUCGCAGAUGAAUGAAAUGAAGGCUCGAGAGCGGGAGUUCCGUCGACUUACCGGGAAGCCCUCGGAUCGCGACAUUGAGCGAUACGUAUACUACAUAGAGAAUGGUGUGCCAGACAAGAUGAUCGCUGAUCCACCGGAAAGACUGUGGGAGGCACUGCAGAAGGGCGUUCCAGAAGACUUAGUGAAAAAUUGGAGCCAACUGGCUGAGAGUCUGCUAAUGGAAAUUAACCACGACUACAGAAAAGCCAUCAAAAAAGCCACAGUGGACUACAUACUCUUGGAUAAAGAGGAGCGUCUGCGCCUCUUCAUUCAAUGGACGCCAAUCCCCUACCCGACUUUUGUCAUCAGGUCGCCUGUCCCGUGGCAUGGAGAGAUGGAAAAAAGAGUUAAAGUGUGCACCUAUGGCUUGUUUGUGCCCUCAGCCAUGAGCCUGGCUCUGAAUGACCUCUGGUACAGCAAGUACGCGGAUUUGCGAUUUGUGGACAUUGAAGCGAUAAGGAAGGUAGGAGGGCCCAUGUUACCGGCAGAUUUUGAAAAUCUUAUUAAUCAACAGUGCUUUGCUACUCGGGAUAUCCUCCGGAAACGAUGGAUUCCAGAUUGUGCGAAUAAGUUUGUAGAAUUGCGGCAUCACUGGGCCCACCUCCUUCCCGAGAGUCGAAAUUCGCCUCUCAAGCAGACUCGUGUUUUCUUCGCCAGCAUCGAGGCUCUCAUGUCUAACCAGUUAAGAAGCAUUGUAGAGGCCUCCGUUCACCUGUUCACAGAGUUCAUUGAAGAGUACAAGUCGUCCAACGCGUUCAAAAAUGAAUAUGAGGAGAUGAACUUUGUGAAGAAACCGGUGCUGUUAAUCAAACUGAAGGCUUCAGAUCCCAAAGUUGUCUAUUCGCCAAGUUUGAGGGAGAUUCGAGAGCAUUUGAUCAAGUGCUUUCAGACUAUCACUAACGCGGCUACUAAUCUACCAAGGGUUGAAACGGAGCUUUUUCCCUCCAUGGUGAACCAGCCCAUCUACAUUCGCAGUGUGAACUAUCAAGAGGACCUCGUGUCCAAGUGCACUGACCGAUCGCUCCACGUCUUUCGCCUCAACUCCACCGGCCCUCGACAAUACCUCGACUAUUAUCGUCCGUAUGGCAACCUGCUCAACAACAAGGCCGAAAUGGAGUUGCGCACCUUCAUGAAGGAGAGACAUAAUCUCCUAAUGGCUAAGAAGAAAAAGGGACUGUUGCAAGAAGGAGAUCCUCUGGAAGAUCAGCUCGCCGAGAACUUGAGUCAGGUUAAGAAGCAACUGGAUGCCUAUAGGGAGUUGCAGAUGGAAAUCCUGGGGAUGCGUUUCACCGUUCCGCUACAACUCUUCUGCCUCGACUGCAAAGGAGUCAAUCUGAACUUGGCAGGAAGAGCUCGAAAAUUACGUGACAUCCUCUCCAACUUUGAGUUGGAUGAGGCGAGAGAGAUCAAUCGGAGCAUCUGCCGUCGUUAUGAGGCCAUCACGAACAAACUGAGCGAGGAGCCCGCGGACACACAGGCUCUGGUGGACCUUCAGGAAUACCUCAAGGAUACUCAAAAUAAGACGGUCUUUCGGUUGCAAGCCGAAGUAGCGGAAUCAGCAGAACAUCUCAGUUUCCUUCUUGACUACACCUUCAUGUCGGAAGAUGAUAUUCGAAUGAACUCCAACCUUUUCUACUGGCCCCACUACAUCAAGCAGAUAUUCAGCGUGGCGAACUCCCGUCUAGCUGGCCUCCAAGACGCCGCUGAGGAUGCCCUGCGUGCUCGCAUCCUCGCGUUGGAGAAACGCGUCGCCGGUUCUGCUGACUACGUACAGAUUAUGCAGAAGAGGGAGACUCUCUCCCAGGAUGAGAUCAAGAAAGCUAACGCCACGCUUGAUAGCUUUGCGGCCCUUGUAAGUGAAUUCAACGAUGAGGCCGAGGCUAUCACUAGAGAGGAGAAGCUACUACAGUUUGAAGAGAGUGAGUUCAUACAGAUUGUUGAAAUGCGGAAGGCGAUGGAGCCCUAUGAGAAGUUGUGGCGAACGGCACAUGACUUUGAGGAGAAGAGCAAGACCUGGUUAUCUUCACCCUACUGGAAAGUAGAUGCUACAGCGGUGGAGACAGAGACAGCAGACAUGUACAAAACCAUCCAUAGGCUGAACAAAAUCCUUAUUGACCAACCUGCUUCUCUGAAAGUGGCGCAGAAAUUGAGGGCAAAAAUAGAGAAGUUUAUGGAAUACCUGCCGACAAUGCAGGUGGUGUGUAAUCCAGGCAUCCAACAACGUCACUGGGAGCGCAUGUCGGAAGUGAUAGGUUUCGAGGUACUACCAACACCGGAGACGCCACUGUACAACCUCAUUGACCUUGGACUGGAGGAAUUCCUGCCCCGUCUGGAGGAGAUUGCAGCAGCUGCAGCAAAGGAGCACAAGUUAGAGACGGCGUUGCAUAAAAUGAAGUCCGAUUGGGCGGCCAUGCGAUUCGAACUGCUGCCGUACCGCGACACUGGCGUGUGCAUUCUCUCGGCAGUCGACGACAUUCAGGUGCUGUUGGACGACCACGUGAUUAAGGCACAGACAAUGCGCAAUUCCCCCUACAUCAAACCCUUCGAGGAAGAGAUGAGGGAGUGGGAGAACAAACUAGUGACAAUGAACGAGAUCAUCGACGUCUGGCUUAAGGUACAAGCAACAUGGCUAUACCUGGAGCCUAUAUUCUCAUCUGAGGAUAUUCUGGCACAAAUGCCGGAAGAGGGUCGCAAAUUUGGCGUGGUGGAUGUGCUCUGGCGCGAGAUAAUGGCAGAGGCAGCAAAGAAUUCCUCAUGCCUUGUAGCUACUGACCAGAGGGACAUGCUACGCCGACUCACAGAUGGAAAUUACCUGCUAGAGGAGAUCCAGAAGGGCCUCAACGACUACCUGGAGAAGAAACGACUCUUCUUUCCUCGGUUCUUCUUCCUGUCUAAUGACGAGCUACUGGAAAUACUCUCGGAGACCAAGGACCCCCUCCGUGUGCAGCCGCACUUAAAGAAGUGCUUUGAAGGUAUAAGCGCACUUAACUUCACCGAUCAACAAGAAAUCAUCGGCAUGAUGUCGGCUGAGGGCGAAAUGGUGCCGUUUGUCACGAAAAUCUACCCUGCCAAGGCGAAGGGUAUGGUGGAGAAGUGGCUCCUGCAAGUUGAGGAGAUGAUGGUUCAAAGUAUCCGCAAAGUCAUCGCAGACAGCAUUGAGGCUUACCUAUUGACAGUGCGAGAAAAAUGGGUUCUUGAUUGGCCGGGCCAAGUUGUUUUAUGCGGCUCCAUGGUUCACUGGACUAGCAAUGUUCAAAAGGCCAUCUCGGAUCAGAAGCUGGUACCAGAGAAGUUGAAGUGUGAUAAACAGAUUGAGGAUAUUGUGACUUUGGUGAGGGGACAACUUACAAGUGGAGAGCGUCUCACUUUGGAAGCUCUCAUCGUUCUCGAUGUGCAUGCUCGAGACGUGGUUGCGCAACUGGUAGCGGCGGAGACCAACUCCAUCACUGCCUUUGAAUGGUUAAGCCAGCUUCGCUACUACUACUCCGCCAAGGAGAACCACGCCAUCUACGUCCAACUCAUCACUGCGCAAAUCACCUACGCUUGUGAAUACCUCGGAAACACACCGCGUCUGGUCAUAACACCGCUUACGGACCGCUGCUAUCGAACUCUCAUGGGCGCCAUUCAAUUGAAUCUGGGCGGAGCACCCGAGGGGCCAGCAGGCACCGGAAAAACAGAAACUUCCAAGGAUUUAGCCAAGGCAGUGGCAAAACAAUGCGUCGUUUUCAAUUGCUCAGAUGGUCUGGACUACAAGGCGAUGGGGAAAUUUUUCAAGGGUCUCGCCCAAUCAGGUGCUUGGGCGUGUUUUGACGAGUUCAACCGCAUAGAGUUGGAGGUACUUUCCGUGGUGGCGCAACAAAUCCACUCCAUUCAGAUUGCUAUUGCUCAGGGCCUGGAACGUUUCGUUUUCGAGGGAACUGAACUGCAAUUGGAUCCCACUUGCACCAUUUUCAUCACCAUGAACCCUGGCUACGCGGGUCGUCAGGAGCUGCCUGACAAUUUGAAGGUCCUCUUCAGAUCUGUGGCCAUGAUGGUGCCUGAUUACGCCCUCAUUGGCGAGAUUUCUCUCUACUCAAUGGGCUUUGUGGAGGCAAAAUCCCUCUCGAGCAAGAUUGUGGCGACUUACAAGUUGUGCAGUGAGCAGCUCUCCUCUCAGCAUCACUACGAUUACGGCAUGCGUGCAGUCAAGUCGGUGCUUACCGCGGCUGGCAAUUUGCGACAAAGCUGCUCUGAUGGCGCAGAGGAAAGUCAGCUUGUUCUUAAAGCUAUUAUUGAUGUGAAUCUGCCGAAGUUUCUGGCUCAAGACAUUCCUCUCUUCGAGGGCAUAAUCUCUGAUCUCUUCCCUGGUGUUCAUCUAGCCGAAACUGACUAUUCCGCCUUUAUGGAGGCAGUGGAGGAAGCUUUAGCCACACGACACUUGCAACCCGUCCCCUGGUACAAGGAGAAGAUUCUGCAAAUCUAUGAGAUGAUUCUCGUUCGGCAUGGUCUCAUGAUUGUUGGGGCUCCAUUAGGAGGGAAGACGCAGGCUUACCAAAGCCUUGCAGACGCGUUGACCCAACUUGGGGAGACAGGCGGCAUGGGAGAUGAAAGUGAAGUGCAUUUUGGGAUAAUUAAUCCAAAGUCAAUCACAAUGGGGCAGUUGUACGGUCAGUUUGAUGCGGUGUCUCAUGAGUGGUCGGACGGUGUGUUGCCGGUGCUGUAUCGAAGAUACGCCCUAGCACAAGAUGACCAUCGCAGGUGGGUGAUUUUUGACGGUCCAGUGGAUGCAGUGUGGAUAGAAAACAUGAAUACCGUACUAGAUGACAACAAGAAACUAUGCCUCAUGUCUGGCGAGAUAAUUGCCAUGUCCAAACGCAUGAAUAUGAUUUUCGAGCCAGAAGAUUUGGAACAGGCGAGUCCAGCCACAGUGUCGCGGUGUGGUAUGAUCUUCAUGGAACCCUUGCAAUUGGGCUGGAGGCCAAUGAUGAACUCAUACAUAGCCCAUGGACUGCCCCCAGUGUUAAAUGAGGAACACAGGGCGUUGUUGCGAGACCUCUUUGAGUGGUUGGUGGAUCCCUGUUUGGAGUUUAUUACCAACAAUUGCACCCAACUGUUGCCAAUUUCGCAGCUACAUGCAGUGAAACAGCUUAUUACGCUCUUUGAUGCACACCUGGAUCCAAUGAGAGAGCUGGGAACUGGGGGCGCUGGCAACGAAGACGAAGAAGCCGACCAGACUGGUCAAGGGACCUACGGUUUGACAGAGCAGACUAUCACCCUUUGGCUGCAGGGCCUCUUUGUCUUUAGUCUUGUGUGGAGCCUCGGUUCCGCACUCUCAUUGAAUGAUCGCGCACGGUUUGAUGUGAUGCUCCGUGAUCUCCUUGGCGGUUCCAGCGCCGACCACGAACGUCCAGCCACGUUGAAGGUGGUGGGAAAAGGAAAUGCUCUACCCGACCGUCUGACCGUCUAUGACUUCUUCUUUGAACGCAAGUCCACAGGCAGCUGGGUUGAGUGGGCUGCACGUCUCGCCACACCAGAGUUGGGGCGUGACGAGCUACCGCAGGACAUGAUCGUGCCCACUACGGAGACUGUCCGGAUGUCUUACUUUCUAGACAUCUACUUGUCUCACCGCGUUCCUAUGCUGGUUGUUGGUUAUACCGGUACCGGAAAGUCAGUGCUGGUGAAUCAGCACUUGGUGAAUCUCCCCAAAGAGGUUUACAUUCCAAACACACUUAACUUCUCAGCGCGCACCUCGGCAAAUUUAACUCAGGACAUCAUUAUGUCACGGCUGGAUCGUCGGCGACGUGGAGUCUAUGGCCCACCGCCGGGCAAACAAUGUGUUGUCUUUGUGGAUGAUCUCAACAUGCCCGCUAAGGAAGUCUAUGGUGCCCAACCACCUAUUGAACUUCUCAGGAUGUGGCUCGAUCACGGACACUGGUACGACCUAAAGAACAAUAACAAACAGUUUCUUGUGGAUGUGCUUUUCCUUGCUGCUAUGGGUCCACCGGGUGGAGGAAGGAACGACAUUACCUCGCGCUUCACACGUCACUUGAACGUUCUGGGGGUGAAUGAGUUCAACGAUGCGACAAUGAGUCGCAUCUUCUCCAUCAUUGUGGACAAGCACUUUGCACGCGGAUACGAUUCUCAAUUCAGUCGACUUUCCAAGAUUAUGGUCCAAGCCACGCUGGAGACGUACAAACGCGCAAUUGCUGUGUUCUUACCCACUCCAGCUAAGUCCCAUUACGUCUUCAACUUGCGCGACUUUGCCCGAGUCAUCCGUGGUGUUCUCCUGGUUCCCCCAUCCUGUAUGAAGGAGGGGAAUAAGUUUAUGCGCCUCUGGGUCCACGAAGUAUACCGUGUAUUCUAUGAUCGCCUAACAUUGGAAUCCGAUCGCGAAAAAUGGUUUGAAAUAGUCAAGGAGACUCUCAAUUCCGUCUUCAAGGUCACAAUAGACAAUCUUUUGGGCUACUUGAAGUCGUCUGAUGGUAAAGUAACCGAUGAGGAUUUGCGCUCCCUGAUGUUCGGGGACUACAUGACUGAUGAUCAGUUCUACGACGAGGUGACGAGCAUGGAUGAAUUGAAACAUCGAAUGCAAUAUUUCCUCGACGACUAUAAUUCGGUGACAAAAACCCCCAUGAACCUUGUGCUCUUUCAGUUCGCUAUGGAGCACGUCAGCCGGGUGGCUCGUGUGCUAAAACAGGAUGCGGGGCAUUGUCUUCUUGUUGGAGUGGGUGGCAGUGGGCGGAACAGCGCUGCCCGCCUCGCCACACACAUGGCCGACUACGAGUACUUCAGCAUUGAGAUCACACGCAACUAUACUGCGGUUGACUGGCGGGAGGACAUGAAACGUCUGCUGCUGAAGGCAGGACUCACUGGCAAACCCACUGUAUUCUUCUUUUCCGACGGGCAGAUCAAAAUGGAAUCUUUCAUGGAGGAUAUCUCCAUGCUCCUUAACUCGGGCGAUUUGCCAAACAUUUUCCCUGCCGAUGAAAAAGCAGAAAUGCUCGAUAAAUUGCAGUCCAUAGCUAGAGAGGCUGUAAGUCGCAAAAUAUGA